CCUAUAUCUUCUUAAUUCUUUACUCGUUCAAAUGAACCAGUGUGAUUUGAAACUCGAAGAAGGAACCAAAGCCAAGGUGAAAACAGGAAAUGGAAUCGUACGAAACAGGUUAUGAAGAUGAACUAUUUCAAUAUCCUGUUAGCCAGACAUUUCAUUGUGGUAUUUGCUACAAUGUCAUGAAACAUCCAGUCAUGUGUCGACGUAAUGAACACUUGUUCUGUCGAGCUUGUAUCACCAGACAUCUUGCGAACUCUCGAACAUGUCCGGUAUGUAUGGAGCAACUGACAGUCAAUACUUUAACUCAUGCAUCGCGGACCUUGACAAACCUACUUUCAGAGUUGAAGAUUCGCUGCGAAUUCUUCAACCGCGGUUGUGAAAUGUUUGUCGAGUUAGGAGAUCUUGAAAGGCAUGUUGCCGAAUGUGCGUUUUCUCCAGUGGUCUGUGCGAAUAAAGGCUGUGGUCUGGAAGUGAAUAGGCAAGACUUAAUGCAUCACGACGGGGGUGCGUGUGAAAAACGUAGGAUUAAAUGUCACAACUGCAGUGGUAUAAGUCGUGGGAUGGAUGUGGUUAAAAAUAAUUUGGCUGCGAUGAAUGUAAAGUUGAACGAAGUCGGGGAAAAGCUGAAAAGAAGUGAGAGAAACAUUAAAGCAGUGGAGGAAAAUGUACUCGCAAAAGUUGAACUUGUUCACAAACAACUCAAUAAGCAGGAAGAAAGCAACCAGGAACUCAAAGCGGACAAUAUAGAAAUAAAGAAAACUUUAAAUCAGUUGUCGCAACAGUUGGAGUUUUUGACAGAGCAAACACUGCACGUAGUUCUGGCUGGGCGAGAAGGCGUAAAAAAAGGUUUCGCAAAAGCUGGUAGAACUGAAAGAGAGGCGAAGAUUGUUGUUGCUGGAGGCAAGAAUAGUGAAUGUUUGAAUUCCGUUGAGAUGUUCGAUCCCUCAACUGCAACGUGGACGCUGCUUCAACCGAUGAAAGAAUGUCGUCAGGUAGCAUCUUCGGUUGUUUACAACAAUCAAAUUUUCGUCAUUGGUGGUUUUUUAGGCAGUGGAUCGAAAGCAAUUGAGAAAAUAUCAACGAAUGCUGUUCACGUUGAUCAGUCAAUAACCUGGGAAAUCGUUCCUGCUGAACUAUCCUCGUCGUUAUAUGGUCACUCCAGUUUCGUCUAUAAUGGACGGUUAAUAGUAAUUGGAGGGUAUGAUUGUAGCGUCGGUGCGUAUUCAAACAAGAUUACAGAGGUUUCUCUUGUCCCACCAUAUACCAGGAGAGAGCUGGCUACCAUGCCCCAGCCAAGAUGGUCACAUUGUGCCUCGCUGUUUGGUGAUAAGAUUGUCAUUCUGGGAGGUAGAAAAGACAUGAACUAUAGAAAAACGUUUGAAAGUGUUUUGCUGUAUGAUAUUGAGAGGUGUGAAUGUCAAGAGUUAGCACCAUUGCCUUACCCUGUGAGUGACAUGGCCGCCGUCAAACGAGGCGAUGACAAUGUAAUUUUACUCGGAGGCGUCGACACUGAUGGUGAACCAAUGGACAGAGUAUUAAUAUACAAUGUUACGACGCAGAAGAGUCACAUGUUACCAAAUAUGAAGUAUAAGAGGAAAGGAUGUGCGGCAGCAACGAUUGAAGACACCGUGUUUGUCAUAGGAGGUGAAGACGAUGGCGGGAAUGAACUGAACUCUGCGGAAAGUUUCAAAUUUGAUUCCUUCACCUGGGAAGAACUUCCAACAAUGCACGAAGCAAGAUGGGGUGCUACUGCAGUGGUGUGCUGAUGAACACGAGUUUCAAAAAGUAAGAGUUAAAAUUCUGACUGCUGUAUUCACCCCAAAGGUCACGCACCAAACACAAUUGGAAUGAAAUAAAAUUGAAACAUCUGGUUUUCAUUCCUUUGUGUUAAUGUGUUAAUUGUGUUAAUCAGUAUUGUACUUCAGACAUUCGUAUAAUAGAUGAAUCUCCCCUUCAUGUAAACAAUAUGUUUACGUCUGUGCAAUAUGCACAAUCGAGAUGCCUGAAGGC